CCGUCCAAUCAAAUCGAAGCAACAAAAAUCGAUUCAAUAAAGUUCCCCCCUCUUCUGUUGAAACCGGUCUCUCGUUGAAUCGACAGGUCGGAAUGUUCGGACGUGUCGCAACAAGUCGAAUUCAACGAUUUAUUAAUUCUACGCCCACGCCGAGUACCGACUCCAAUUCUGAUUGAUUUGUUUUAUUUCGGACGCAGUAUGUCAGCGAAAAAGUCAAUCAAGUGGUCUGAUAACAUAAUGUCACGCUUCUUGGAACUGUAUCAGCAGUACGAGUGUUUAUGGAACAAUAACACUGAAGUGUACAAAAAUCGGGACGCUCGAGAAUCGGCCAUACAAAAAAUUAUUAUCGAGUUGAAUUUGAAAAUGACUGAAGCUGAUAUUAAGAAUAAAAUUAAAAGUAUCCGCACCAUGUACAGGAGAGAGUUGCUUUUGAUCAUUAAAUCUAAGAAGAGUGGCGCUGCACCCGACGAUGUUUACAAGCCGAGACUGAAUUGGUUUAAUCAAGCAGAUUCGUUUUUGAGGGCUGUCACGGUAGCUAGAGAAAGUAUUUCAAGUUCAGAUAUCAACGAAAUUGCUGGAGGAGAUUUUGAAUCAACUAUUGAAGGGCCAUCUCCAACGUCAGAAUCAAUAGAUACAAGCGAUUUUGUCCGCCCCAGCACAUCUCAAACGCAAGCACCACAAGUAAUCCCAGCAACAUUUCGUAAACGCAAAAAAGACACUAUCAACGAAACUAUAAACAAAUUACACAAAAUAUCCAGUCCCAAGAAACAGGAAUUGGACGAAUUUGAUUAUUUUGGAAAGUUCGUCACUGCACAGUUACGGAAAAUGCCUGAAUAUGACGCCAUAUUGUGUCAGGAGGAAAUGCACAGUAUUAUGAGGAAGUAUAGGCUACGUUUGCUUUCUGGAUCUUUGAACAGUUCACCAUCUAUGUCUCCUUCAGAUCACAGUGUAACGACGAAUCCCUCACCGCCACCUCCUCAAAUCCAUAUAAAAAAUGAAAUAGAAUAA